CAGGAGAAAAGCUGAGUGGUGUACAGCUGAGUCCCAGUAACCAGCAGGAGAUGAAAAAUAAUGUGGAGAAAGUGUUACAGUUUGUAGCCUCCAAAAAGAUUCGUAUGCACCAGACUUCAGCUAAAGGACAAAAUUUAGAAUGCCAUAAUAUCUCAGAUCUGGUCCCCAUGAGGAGUGGGCUUGGGGAUCUGGCCCAUUAAAGUCGGCUAUUUUGAGGGAACACUGCCGUUCAGGACAUCAUUGUCAUUUACCUGGAGAAGUGCAACAGCUUCCUAAUUAGUCCCACUGCAUCCAUUUCUGUCCCCCUCCCCUCUGCUCUCCACACUGCAGCCAGAAUGAUCUUUCUAAGAGUAUAUAUGCUCAUGCCAUUCCUCUGCAUCUGAGGGCCCUUAGGAGAAAAUCCAGAGUCCUUCCUCUGGCUCACCAGGCCCUUUCUGACCUCACCUCCUGUUCAUCCUCCUCCAUCUUUCACCCUCUCCCCCUGAACUCUGAGCUCUGGCUAUGCUGAGCUGCUUUCUGUUCCUCUUCCACAGCGUGUGCCAUAGAAUUAUAACGUGAGUCUCAUACAUGACUUGAAUGUGUCUAAUAGCCACGGUUAAAAAAAAAAGAAAACGAAAUUGUUGAAAAUAAUUUUAAUAAUAUAUUUUACUUCACCCAACAUAUCCAAAAUAUUAUCAGCUCAACAUAUGAUCAAUGUAAAACACUAUUAAUGAGACAUUUUCCAUUCUAUUUUUUGUACUAAGUCUCAUGAGAUUUUUCAUUCUGUUUCUGUGUGUGUGCUAGGUUAGUACUAGCACGUUUCAGCUCAGACUACAGCUACCUUUUAAGUGCUCAAGAGCCACAUGUGGCUAGUGGCUCCCAUACUGGAGGGCGCAGUUCGGGUGUGUCGUGCUGUCUCACCUCUAGAUCUUCAUGCCUGCUGUUCCCUCUUCUUGGAAUACUCUUUUCCUUCCCUUCCCUCAUCUGAUAAACCAUUAUUGGUCAGUCAUGUCUCAGUUUAGAACUCACUUCCUCAGGGAAUCCCUCCCAGAGCCCUCUAGACUAGACAAGAUGCUUCUUCUCUGAGCUCCCAGAGAAUCCUGUACUUCUCCUCUCAUACGUUAUUGUACGUUAUUGUAAUUGCUUUCAAAUACUCUGUCUCCCUGUUGAACACAGAGAGCUUGAUUGCCUUGCUUACCUGCUCACUAGCAAAUACGUAGUAACUGAAGGAGUCCUCAGCUCUCUGCCUCUCUCUUAGGACCUCUCGGUCUGUUCCGAUCCUCAGAUAUCGUGGAAGGCAACCUGAAGUCUAUCAUGAGGCUGGUCCUGGCCUUGGCAGCUCAUUUCAAACCGGGCUCCAGCAGGACAGUGAACCAAGGACAGGACGCCAGAGUCCCUCUGCAGAGUCACCAGCCACACUGUGCCACUGCUGUGGCCCAGGGAGCAGCUGCUGCCCUAGCUGAUGUGUGUCACGACAUGUCACGGUCAGGGCGGGAUGUCUUUCGAUACAGACAGAGGAACAGCAGCGUGGAUGAGGAGAUUGGGAAUCCAUGCUGGAGCGUGCGAGCCCUGGUGCAGCAGUAUGAAGGGCAGCAAAGGUCCCCAUCCGAGUCCAGCUGCUCCAGCCUGACUUCCCCCAGUCCUAUCCACAGUGCAAAGAGCGACUCUAUUAUAACCCAGUUGGAGGAGAAGGCAGAUUUCGUGAUUAUUCCCUCUGAAGGAAUAGAGAACAAAACAGAGGAGACAGACUCUCCAUUGUCCCGGGACUGGAGACCAGGCAGCCCCCGGCCCUAUCUGGAGACUUCAUGGGAAGAACAGCUGUUGGAACAACAAGAACAUUUGGAAAAAGAAAUGGAGGAAGCCAAGAAAAUGAUAUCAGGAUUACAGGCCUUACUGCUCAGUGGAUCCUUACCUGAAGAUGAACAGGAGAGGCCCUUGGCCCUCUGUGAACCAGGAGUCAAUCCCGAGGAACAAUUGAUUAUAAUCCAAAGUCGUCUGGAUCAGAGUAUGGAGGAGAAUCAGGACCUAAAGAAGGAGCUGCUGAAGUAUAAACAAGAAGGCAGAAACUUACAGGGGAUAAAGGAUGCCUUGCAGCAGAGGCUGACUCAGCAGGACACGUCUGUCCUUCAGCUCAAACAAGAACUACUGAGGGCAAAUAUGGACAAAGAUGAGCUGCACAACCAGAACGUGGAUCUGCAGAGGAAGCUAGACGAGAGGAAUCGGCUCUUGGGAGAAUAUAAAAAAGAACUGGGGCAGAAGGACCGCCUCCUGAAGCAGUACCAGGCCAAGUUGGAGGAAGCACUUCGGAAACUCUCCGAGGCCAGUUACCAGCAGGUGGAUCUGGAACACAAAGACGUCCUUCUGGCUCACUGUAUGAAAAGAGAGGCAGAGGAGGUGACCCACUGCAGCAGUCACAACCCUCAAAGCAAUGGUUUUCUCCUUCCAGUGGCAGGAAAAGGAGCUGCUUCAGUCACUCACAGAGGGAGCAGUGACCUGCAGCUUGUUCGGGAUGCCCUCCGCAGCCUGCGCAACAGCUUCAGUGGCCACGACCCUCAGCACCACACCAUCGACAGCUUGGAGCAGGGCAUCUCCAGCCUCAUGGAGCGCCUGCACGCCAUGGAGACCCAGAGGAAACAGGACAGAAGGGUUCGGGGCAAGUCACCCAGAACUCAAGCAGGUAGUGAAUACCGGGAGUCCUGGCCCCCUAAUUCAAAGUUGUCUCACUCACAGAGCUCUCCAACUGUCAGCAGCGCCUGCACGAAGGUGCUCUAUUUCACUGACCGGUCACUUACGCCCUUCAUGGUCAAUAUACCAAAGAGGUUGGGGGAGGUGACACUGAAGGAUUUUAAAGCAGCUAUUGACCGGGAGGGAAAUCAUCGGUAUCACUUCAAAGCACUGGAUCCUGAGUUUGGCACUGUCAAGGAGGAGGUUUUCCAUGAUGACGAUGCCAUCCCUGGAUGGGAAGGGAAAAUUGUAGCCUGGGUGGAAGAAGACCAUGGAGAGAAUUAAUGCUGACUAUUAGAUUGAGGGCUUGUGGAACUUGGCAGUCCCUGGCUGCUUCACUCAGGAGAGAAGACUAAAACCAGAAUACACUAAGAAGUUUUUAGUUUGUGCUGCCAAAACAGAAGCUUCUCCAAGUGUGACAGCUAUAGGCCAGUCCUAUUUCUGUGCCUGGCACGUGUGGUACUUAAAGUCCCUGUCCAAAAGUAGACCAUGGGUUCUUGUGGAGUUCCUUGUCCGUGGGAACACAGUGUUUUAUUCUACUCUGAGGACAACAAACCGAAGGCCUUAACCAAUGGGGAUGGAUGAUCCCACUCCUUUAUGGGCAUGGCUGCUAUUAUCUGGAACCUGGGAACUGGAUGUAUCACUCCUGUGUGUUACAGUAUUAUUUUAAUUGGCCUCAGUGGUUGCAGCAGAGUACCAGCAUUUGUACUCACAGACAAGGUGAAGGUACCAGCUUUUUUGCUUCUUUGCAGCUAUUGCAAACCAAGAAUAACUCGUAAGGUGGUACCAAAGAUGAAAGCCCACUCUUCAGGAAUUUUUUGGACUGGACAUGGAUGGUGCUGAAUUGUUGAAUGGAUUGAAAAAGGGCUGCCCAUAUUGUGCUAUAUACUACGCUAAAACCAUAAUUAAGUAAGACCUUGGGCUGCCUCUUGUGUCUUAACUGGUUUUGCAACUUGUCCUUUAGCCCACAGAGGGCAUAUUUCAUGUACUGCUCAUUUUCUCUGGGGACUCUUUAACUUUAGAGCCAUUUUUUCCCCUUCCAGCUGAUGAACUUUGUGUUUGAAAGGAAUAAGGAGUGAAAGUCUCCUUUCAAAUCCAGGCGGGUAUGGAAAGGUGCUGCUACCCAUGUCUUCUUGACUUUCUUUCUCUCAUGACUUUCUUUAGCUCAUGGCAUCUCCUUUGCAGUCAAAAGGAAACAGACCAUUAGCUUCAGUAUUUGUGAUUUAUAAGUACUGAGCAUGAGUUACUGGUCUACCCCUCUUCAUUUCAAGGCCAGAGUUAUUUUCUAUUAUAUAUUUAGUCUAGGCUGAUCCUUUGGCCACAAAAGAAACCAUGGGGGCAUGGAGCAUGAGUUGUGAAUGGCAGGGUUGAUUCUGGGUGAUAACACCUAGAAUCCUUUCUCAUGUGCAACACUGUCAAGUGUAGAAGCUAAGAUUUAAACUUUCAGAGAUUACUUUGUAUCUUGAGUUUUCUCAUUCAUUCACCAAGCACCAUCAACCAAUCAGAUAUAUCAGUCUCUCUGCCUGUGAUCACCAGUGUACACUGCCAACCAGAAGAGUCAGACAGAUCAGCUGUGGGUUCUUGACCUGUCUGUCUCUAGUUCAUCUCCCCUUUUCAGCCAUUUCAACAGACGACUGAUCGGAGCUCUGAGAUGACGUUUUGUUGUUUUAUAUAGAUGUGUCUUUAAGUUCAUGUUUGGAGAAUUCUUUUCUACUCAUUUGCUUUUUGUCCAAGAACCAUGUCUAUUUUUAUAACUUGAGUGAGAGUUCUGUAUAUUCUCACAUUCUGUAUACUAGAUCCAUUUUCUAGAGAACCCAGUUGCUUUUAUACAGGCUCUGCUCUUCUUACCAGCCCUUGUGGUUUCGGAACAAGCUUUAUUUUAUUACAAGUAUACUAAUGACAGAUUACUCCUGUUCCAAUUCUACCAGGCUUUUUAGUUAUGGAGUUAAUUUUACGGAACCUAUUUGAUGGCUCCUCUAGCUGACAGAAGGAACUCAAAAGACACCUGAUGUCCUUCAUAUAAGUUUACCUGGUCUUCUCCUACUGAAGAAUGAUUUCUCAUCAGAAAUGACUGGGAAAAUUUGGGAAGGUCAUUUAUAAGCAAGAAUAAUUCAUUAUGAAAGCAAACAGAAGAAAACAGUAUAUUCUCCAUUCCCCCCCCAGCCAGCACCCCCAGGAAAUCUGGAGAAGAAGUCCUCAUGUCACCAGUUUCUCUGUUGCAUGUAUUUUAGUGUUUUGCUAUAAGACAGCAUGAGGGUUAUCAGGCCAAAAUUUGUUAUUGUAUUUUCAGUACAAUUUAUCUUGAACAUCUGUCGCUUAACUCAGUUUUACUUGUCAGUUUUCUUUCAGCAAACAUUCUUACUAUUAUGUAGAAUUUAACUUUUCAGAGAAAAUUAAAUCAGAGAAAAUUUUCAGAGUCCUCUACCUUCUUUGUCUUUUAUCUCUAUGUCUUUUGGAAAAGGAGCUGCAUGGCCUUAGUGCCUCCACAGAAAGCUGAAGUUGAAUUAAUAGCUCAUUAAUCUCAUGCCACGGGUGAUAACUAAGCACCCCCAUUACAGGAUGGCACACCAGAGUGUUUGUAUAAAAUGUGUUGGUAAUCCUCAUUCCAGUUUCUAAACAGAGGAGCCUUCUAGGAGGAGUGCGCAUUGAUUCAUUCUGGUUUGAAUUGUCUCCUAUUUGAUACACUAGGAGGCCUUUUGACUUAUUCAGAGCAUUACCCCCUACUGGCAUUUGUGUGGGACAGUCCAUCCUGCUACUGCUGAAGUUCUCUUUCUUUGAGAAAACUAAGGAACUAGAAUGUUUAGAGUUCAUGAAAUAAUCUCUAAACCUGAUUUAAAAAAUGACCCUCACACAAAAACUAAGUAAAAAGCUCAAUUCCUUAAACAGUCUUCAUUUAAAAACUGAAGACUGUUCUCACUCAGUUAACUAAAGUAGCUGGAAUUGGAACACUUUACAAUUUCUACCUAAAGAAUUUAGGUUAAACUUACUUGGUAAUAUCAAUGCUGCUUACUGACCAACUUUCCAGCUCUUUUUGACCAGGAAGGUUGUAAAUUAAGGAAAAUAUCUUUAUACUCUGUAUUCAAUCCAAGAGGACUCUAAUUACUUAAAAUCAUUUAGGUCAUAAUAAUAAUAAUUUUCAUUUUUUUCCAUAAAAUAAGCUUUAUGAUUGCACACUCCUUCUAUUGUCUGAAUUUAUGUAAGAGGUACAGCUUGCUUAAAAUAUAUAUGUAAAGUUAUAUUUUCUUAGAAACAUGGAUGUUUGCAACCAUUGCUUUCAAAGAGAUUAUUACCAUGUAUUCUGUUUUACGUUUUCAUGAAGAUUGUGUUAUACCAGAGGCUUCUGAUUAUCAAAGUGAUAAACAGUUUUAACUGUCUGUACCAGAUUUGUGACCUAAUUUUUAAAAAACCCAGAAACAAACUACGAAUAAAAUGGAGUUUGCAAACUAAAUACCAUUAAUAAUUUUCA